UUAGCUACGUUGUUUCCCUCCAGCAACACUAAGCACAGUCGUGAAGUUAGCUAGUUGACGUCCAAAACCGACAGCAACGGACUCAAGUUGGCUAUAAAUUCCGAGCCUUUUGGGCGAAAAACUGUUUACCGGACGUUUGGGAAAGCUAUCGAAGCAGAAUAAACGACAUAUGCUGGCUCUUUAGCAGUGCAAGAUGUUCAACAAAUCUUUUGGAGCUCCCUUUGGAGGAGGGACAGGAGGAUUUGGGACUUCAUCGACAUUUGGGCAGCAAAAUACUGGGUUUGGAACAACAGGUGGCUUUGGUUCUUCAGCAUUUGGGACAACCAACAAUACAGGAGGACUAUUUGGGACCACUCAGAAUAAACCUGCAAGAACAGUAUCAUCUAUGAGUGCUGCAAAUGACCUCAGACAUCUCAGCUCAGGUGGCCUCUUUGGCUCAAACACUUUUAGUCAGCCUGUCACAUCUUCCACCAGUAGUGGAUUUGGGUUUGGUGCCACCAGUGGCACAUCAAACAGCCUCUUUGGAAGCACCAACACCGGAGGAGGAGGAGGACUUUUUUCCCAGCAAAACAAUGCAUUUGGCACCAACAAACCAGCCGCGUUUGGCACUUUUGGUACCAGCACCAGUAGUGGUGGAUUAUUUGGGACAACCAACACAACGUCCAACCCUUUUGGAGGAACAUCAGGCUCUUUGUUUGGGGCAUCAAGUUUCACUGCUGCACCACCUGGCACAACAAUCAAAUUCAAUCCACCAACUGGGACUGACACAAUGGUGAAGUCUGGUGUGACAACCAGCAUCAACACCAAACACCAGUGCAUCACCGCCAUGAAGGAAUAUGAGAACAAAUCCUUAGAGGAAUUAAGGUUUGAGGAUUACCAGGCAGGAAGGAAGGGACCUUCCAACCCCAUGGCAGCUGGAACAGGUGGUCUCUUUGGAGCAGCAGCCUCAGCUACACCUAGCACUGGUACUGGACUCUUUGGCUCUUCUGCUCCAAACACUGGCUUCAGCUUUGGCCAGAACAAGACCUCCUUUGGCACCAGCACAGGAGCUUUUGGCACAACCACAGGAGGUUUGUUUGGCCAGCCGCAACAGCAACAACAGCAGCAACAACAGCAGCAGCAACAACAGCAGCAACAACAGCAAGGUUCCAGUCUCUUCAAACCAUUUGGCUCAGCCACCUCCACUCAGAACACUGGUUUCUCCUUCGGAAACGCCAGUACCAUGGGCCAGCCCAAUACCAGCAGCAUGGGUCUUUUUGGCAACACGGCUCCCUCACAGGCUGGAGGACUGUUCGGAAACACUAACACAAGUACCGCCACAGGCUUUGGCACAGGCACAGGACUCUUCGGUCAACCUAAUGCCGGCUUUGGGAAUAACCUUUUUGGUAAUAAGCCUGCUGGCUUUGGCACCACCACCACUAGUGCACCCCCCUUUGGCGCAGGCACCGGUCUGUUUGGAAACAAGCCUACACUCACUCUAGGAACUAACACAAACACCUCUACCAUUGGAUUUGGAGCAACAGGUACUGGUGGGAGUCUUUUUGGGAACAAAACUGCUGCAACAGGCAUGGGAACAGGAUUGGGAACAUUCUUUGGAGGAGCUGUAGGAACUGGGCAGACAUCAUUGUUUGGAAACAAUCAGAACAAGCUAGGCUCCACCCUGGGGUCAAUGGGUACAUUCGGGACUGGAGGCUUCAACACUGGAGCCAGCACACUGAAUUUUGGCGCUCCUCAACAGCCUGUGGCUCUGACUGAUCCGAGUGCAGCAGCUGCUCAACAGGCUGUCCUUCAACAGCAGAUCAGUGCAUUGGCCUACUCGCCUUUUGGAGACUCGCCUCUCUUCAGAAAUCCACUGUCUGACCCCAAGAAGAAAGAAGAGCGUCUGAAGCCCACAAAUCCAGCUGCCCAGAAAGCCCUGACGACCCCCACCCAAUAUAAACUGACCCCACGUCCUGCCACACGUGUGCGUCCCAAAGCUCUCUCCUCCUCAGGCUCCUCCAAAUCUCAGCUCUUUGAUGGGCUUGAUGAUGAUGAACCAUCUCUCAACAAUGUAGCCUUCAUGCCUAGGAAGAGCAUAAAAAAGCUUGUGUUGAAGAAUCUCAACAACAGCAGUCUGUAUAACAACUCUGUGAACAGAGAGGCUGAUGACCUGGCCUCCCCUUCAGAGUACCCACAGAAUGGACACUGUUUGAGUGUGGAUGAAGGCGAGACCAGAGAAGUGACUGUGGAUAGAAGUGGGGAGGAUGAUCUGGAGGUCUCAAAGUUUUACACCAAUCCAAUCACUAAACCCAUUCCACACACCAAGCCAAGCCCCUUACUACAGGACACCAUCACUGAGUUUAACCUGCGGCGAGCUUCCAGCUAUCGCAACGGCCUGGAGGCCAGCAGUGAGGAGAUCUCUCUGGCAGAGGAUUCCAUUCAGGAGGAGAGAGAUGAGGAGCUGGAGGCUCAGAAAUCUCCUCACCCUGCUGGUAUAGUUCUUGGCCGUUUGGGCUACUACACCAUCCCAUCCAUGGAAGAAUUAGGAAAGAUGUUGAAUGAGAAUGGAGAAUGUGUUGUGGAGAACUUCACUGUUGGCAGGAAAGGCUACGGGUCAGUUUUCUUCCCUGGUGAGUUGAACCUUACCAACAUGAACCUGGAUGACAUUGUGCACUUCAGACGCAAGGAGGUAAUUGUGUACCCUGAUGACAAAGACAAGCCACUUGUGGGAGAGGGUCUCAACAGACGAGCAGAGGUCACUCUUGACGGUGUGUGGCCCAAUGACAAGACAACAUGCUGUCAGAUCAAGAGUCCUGAGAGGUUGAUUGAGAUGAACUAUGAGGGCCGACUGGAGGCUGCCUCACGUAAACAGGGUGCUCGAUUCCUGGAGUACCGGCCCGAAACUGGCUCUUGGGUGUUUGAGGUUGCCCACUUCUCAAAGUAUGGCCUUCAGGAAUCUGAUGAAGAAGAGGAAGUUCCCCCAUCUAAAGUCGACCUAAAGAAGCUAAAGACGGGAAUUCCCUCUGGAAUCCAGCAGCUUCCACUGACCCAUCAGCAGAUGCCGCCACAGGCUCAGAGUACUGCAGUUUUUGAGCUUCUCAGCCGUGUGUCGGAGUUGGACAGCGACAUGGCUGACAUUACUCAAGAACCCACAGUGGACAGAGAUUUGGGUGAGAAGGAUGGAGAGAGAACUUCAUUCGAGGAGAGCAAACUGAGAGCUGAGACUCCUGCUGAACACGAACGGGUUUCUGCCUCCAGUCAAAUCGCUUCUUCAAUGGGUAUCAACCCUCAUACCUUACAGAUCAUGAAGGCCUCUCUGUUUGCAGAGGAUGAUGAGUGUGACCUGUUUCAAGAACAUGGCUCCUCAAAACUCUCACAGGAAGUGGCCUCCCCCAAAGUCCAACUUUCUGGAAUUGGCCGCACAUCAAUUGGAGGCCUGCUACAGUCCAAGUUCACCUCGGGAGGAGGGCUCUUUUCUCAGUUGCCAGAGGCUCCUUUUGGAGGAAUCCCUCAGAAGCUUAGUAAAACAUUAGCAACUGAAGCCCCGUGGCCUUCAUUGGGCCCCUCCUUCCUGUUGCCGCCCCCUCCCACAGAAUCUACUCUACGGACUGUGGGGGCCCGCAGGCUAGGGGGGCUUGUCCCUCUGGAGAGCUCUGUAACUGCAGGGAAAGGCCGUCUGCUGAUGGAUGCUGCUCUCUUUAGAGGCCGAUCUUUUAGAGUUGGCUGGGGGCCUAAUUGGACACUGGUACACUGUGGAGAUCAAAUUAGUGUCACCGAAGCAAUGGAGCAGGCAACGGAGACCAUGGGAUUUGGCUUCUUGCCCAAACCAACUAAGAGUAAACCGAUCACUGAAAGUCCAUUUAAAGUGCGUGUGGAGCAGGUUGUGGGCCUUGAACCCAAGGAAUCAGCUGAGAGCCUGUACCACAGACCACUGGAGAUCGGGCUGAAACAUAGCACAAUCAACACAAAGGACCCUUGUCCAUUUAUCAAGCCAGCAAGAGGAGUGGACGCUCUGCAUGAGUAUGCUGAAUGGAUUAUGGAGGUCAACAAAGAGACAGGAACAGAUGCUGGCUUGGCUCACUGGCGGCAGGUUUGGACUUUGUGUGCUGCUCUGUGGGGUCGUUUGGGUGACCAGGAGGUAGAGUCUGAGCAAUAUUCAGACUACCAGCAGCAGCUUGAGCGGCGUAGGAGCUUCUCGCACUGGCUGUCUGAGAGCGCAGCCGAGUGCAUUGAGGAGGAGGUGGGCCUUGCCCUGCAGCGCAACCAUGCUGAGGCUGUAUUCAUUUACCUAACUGGCCACUGCAUUAGUAAGGCAUGCAAACUAGCCCAGAAAAGUGGGGAUCAUCGCCUUUCUCUAAUGCUGUCUCAGGCUGUGGGCUCUCAGUAUUGUAGAGAUCUUUUGGCUCUACAGCUGAGUGACUGGAACAGGAUGCAGAUCGACUCCUUUAUAGAAGAGGAGAGAUUACAAAUCUUCGCUCUGCUUGCAGGCAAGCCAGUGUGGCAGUCAACAGAUUGCUGUAUAAACGUUUGCUCUGAGCUCGAUUGGAAACGGUGUGUUGCUGUUCAUCUUUGGUACAUGCUGCCUCCCACUGCUUCUAUAGCUGAUGCUCUCGCCAAAUAUGAAGUUGCCUUUCAGGGUUCAGAGGAAGGGAAAAGGUAUGCUUGCUGUCCUUUACCUCCCUAUGUAGAUAAAAUUGAGUUUUUGGGGUUGGAUGAAGAAAUGGAGGAGACCGAAUCCAAAAGGGCGCUCUAUGAUAUCUGCUUCCACCUGCUCAAACUUUACAGUGACAGGCACUACAGCCUACAACAGCUACUAGAUCCCAGCACAGUAACUGCUGAUCGUCUGGAUUACCGGCUGAGCUGGCACCUGUGGAAUGUGUUGCAGGCUCUGAACUACAACCACCUGUCCACCUCAUGCCAAUGCUUGCUGCACACCAGCUAUGCUGCCCAGCUGGAGAGCGCUGGACUGUGGGAGAUGGCUAUCUUUGUGCUGCUGCACAUACCUGACUCUGGAUCAAGAGAAAGUGCAGUGCGGAAGAUGCUCAACUUGCAUUGCUCCCUGGAGGAGACGGAAGAGUCAAUGGAGAAGGAGCGAUUUCUCAUGGAAAAGUUGCUCAUACCCAUCCAGUGGAUCCAUCAGGCCAAGGCCAUCCGUGCCUGCAGAGGAGACAAACACCGUGAGGCCUUACACCUUUACAGGGCCGGCCAGUGGAAUCACUGCCAUCGGAUAGUCAUCCAGCACCUGGCCUCAGACUGCAUCAUUAAUGAUAAUCAUAUGUAUCUCCUGGAGUACCUGGAAGGGUUGGCAGUGCCUGAGCGCAGUGUUCAGAUUCAAGGCUGGGACACAUCUGGUCGUGUCUACCUGGAUUACAUCCGUGUUAUCCAGACAUUGCAAGACAUCCAACAGACAGAGAGCCCAGGUUAUGAGCUGGAGCGAUUACAUACUGAGGUGACAUCUCUGUGUGGUAGGAUAGAGCUCCUCCCUUGCUCCAAAGCUAAAGACAGACUUUCACAAUCAGAGAUGGCCAAACGUGUGGCUAACAUCCUCCGGGUGGUCUUGAGUCUCCAGCAGGGUGGUGAAGGCACCCCAGACCCCCGCCACAUCCCUCUUUGCCAGCUCGCCCCACACAUUGGACGUCUGCCCAUGCCGGAGGACUAUGCUUUAGAGGAACUCCGCAGCCUUACUCAAUCUUACCUACAGGAGUAUGUAGUCAGUCAUUGAAUAUUAAGACAUGGACAAAAUUUCUUUAUCAGUUCUGCAGAGGUAUUAUGAGUCUUGAGUUUGAAUGACCUUCUGAACUCAAGUUAUAUGGCUGUUUCAGGCCAUGGUUGGACUAUUGAUGUAUAUUUAGGCACAAUACUUGUGAAAGCAUUCCAUGUGGUGUUUUUUUUUUUUUUUUUUUUUUUUCUUCUCUCUCAAAUCCAGUUUUUGUAUUCAUAGACAUGAUUUAUGUGAGUGUGUCUUUGAUAAUUAAAGUAUCCUUUGAAUACUCCUGUUGAUUGAUAUUUUCCUUACAAUUUUAGAAGGGGAAAAUGCCAGAUUUGACAACUUUCCAUUUGUCUGUUGGGUUAAAGUUAAUAUCUGGUGUAUUUAAAGUUAAAAUAUAACGUGUAAAUGUGUUUAGUUGAGACUACUUGUUCUCUUACCCUAUAACAAUUCAUACAUACUAUAAAAAUGCAUUUUAAAAUUCAGUUGUUUUUUUUUUUUUUCAAUCAUGGUGUUUUUAAGACUUAUUGUUACAGUGUGCACACCCUUUAAAGUAUUUUAUGGUUCCAAUGGACUCUUUAUGGGUGUAUAUGUUAAAGGUCACUCAUUAUGAUGUGGAUGAACAUUUGGUCUUUUUAUGGAGAUUAGAGAUUAAGAAUUGGGGAUUAAAAAUUAAUCUCUUGGUACCAAAAUAUUUGGCCACAUAUUAAAAAUGUAAAAAUGUAAGUGGUUGUCAUAUCUCUAUUUUGUAGGGUUUUAGACAUGUCAAUCUGGAAAACCUUAGUGUUAAAUGUUUGGUAGAAUACAAAAUUAAAUUUUAUGCUCUGAUCGGACAAAGAAGUCGAUAGAAAUAUAUUUUGGUUUUUCUAAAAUGUUUCUAAAUUGUUCAACAUUAUGUGACUGGCGAUUCUUAUAAAACUAAGUAAACCUGAUAGGAUAGGAUUUCGCUGAUGUAUGUAGUUACUUUACAGCAUAAAGAGAAUCCUUCAACCUCUCAGGUAGUUUUUAUUUUUUAUUUAUUUUUUUUAUUUUUUUGUGUGUGCCACAAUUGCAGUCCUCUAGAAAUGUGCAUAUUUCCAUCAAAUGUUUAUUUUCUAAGAACAUUAAACCUAGUUUGUGACAGAUUAUGCAUCAUAAUUAAGGUUCUGUUAUUUGAAUGAAUAGGCUUUUGUGACAGUCUGAUUUAUUGCUGUGCAUGUCUAAGUCUUUUAUAAAACUGAAUAAAAUAAUUGUAAUUUCCAA